AUGGUGUUGUUUGCUUCUGUUUCGGCAGACGGUGGUUAUGGGAAGUCCCAACUCGAGGGAUAUAUGCCACCAAAACCAGCUACACCAAAAGAACAGACGGGGUAUGAAAAACCCAAUCCUAAGUUACCAACAAAGCCUAAGAUGCCGACGAAACCUGUGGUACCCAAAGAGGAGCAUGGAGCAUAUGAGAAGCCCAAGCCUAAGUUGCCAACAAAGCCUGAGGUACCAAAAUAUGACCAGAAAAGUUAUCAAAAUAACUAUCCUAAGGUACCAACGACCAAAAAGCCGUUGGUACCCAAGGUGCCAGAGCACCCGAAGAACAUAGCGGUUCAAGGUCUUAUUUAUUGUAAAUAUGGUUCCAAACUCCUCCCGAUUCAAGGAGCGACUGCGAGAGUGACUUGUUUGGCGGUGCACAAGAACGGAUAUGAAUCCGCACCAUUUUCAUUCUCGAGUUGUCCAGCAGACAAAAAGGGUUACUUCUUGGCCAAACUACCAUCAUCGAUGCUUGUGAAGGAUGAUCUAUGGGAGAUCACAGAAUGCAAGGCUUUCCUUGAAAACUCGCCAUGGACGAGCUGCAACGUUCCAGAAGAUACCAACGGAGGAAUUAAGGGUGUUCGUGUUACAUUUUCUCGUCAUCUCAACAGCAGCGGAUUUUGUUUGUCAUCAGUAGGCCCUUUUAUAUACACUCCGGGACCCAAAGAAGGUUACUAGAUCAAUCGCAUCAUC